UGCCAAAGAUCAGUUCGCCAAUUGCCGCUGACCGAACUGCACGAAGUCCAUAGAGCCAAGAGGUUUACCACACCGACAUGGACUUAGCCGGCAAAAAUGUAGUUUACCUUGGCGGAUUCGGCGGCAUAGGCCAAAAAUGUGUGCAAGAACUGCUCCGGCGACCAAUAAAGGCUCUGGCCAUUUUCGAUCUGAAUGCUAAUGAGGAGCUCUUGGCUGAGUGGAAAAGCCAGCAUCCCGAUACGGACAUCUUCUACCACAAGCUGGACAUAACCCAGAAAUCGGAUAUAGACGCGGCCUACAAGGCAACCGCUGAGAGAUUCGGACACUUCGAUGUGGUGGUCAAUGGCAGUGGACUGAUGAACGAUCGCCUGGUCGAACUCACUAUUCAAAUUAAUCUGCUGGGUGUUAUCAACAGCACUUUGACCGCCUUGGAGUACAUGGACAUGGCCAAGGGCGGAAAGGGUGGUCUCAUAGUGAAUAUAUCCUCGGUGGCUGGACUGCAGCCCACAGCUAUAAUGGCCAUUUACUCGGCGGCCAAGACAGGAGUUACCACAUUCACCAGAGCCAUGGCUAACCCAUUCUUUUACGCCCACUCUGGUGUAGGCUUCAUUACCAUCUGUCCCGGAUUCACGGACACUGGCCUGCUGGAAGAUAUUGGCAACAAGACGACAUUCACCUACGACACUCCCAUGCUGGCCAUGUUCAACCGGGUGAAGCGACAGAAGGCCGAGGAUUGUGCCAGGAACCUGGUCUCAGCAAUAGAGACGUCCAAAAAUGGAGCUGUCCUCAUGCUGGAGCUGGGUGAGACGACGGAGGUGGACAUGCCAGUCAUGUGGAAGCCACAGUUGGAUAAUUAAUACCGCUUUAUUGUUUCUAAUGUGUGUGCAUCAUAUUGUAAUCUCUUUCAAUUGGUUGGUGAUUUAAAAAUAAAGUGUUAUCAGUUAA